GCUUCUUCUCCUCACGGCCACCACUCCCCAUAUCUCCAGUCCUCAUCAACCUUCUCCCCCUCCUAGCUUGUUCAUCAGCAAUCCACCCACAUCAAGAUCUCCAAUAUUCCACACCAAACCCUAUCUAUCUACCAGUCCAUCCGGUACGCACCUCUCUCUUCUUCCUUCCCUGACCCCCAUCGAUCGUUCCAUGGCGUCCACCACCAGCGACAGCCUCCCCUCCUCGCCUUCCCUCCCUGGCACCGGCACCGGCACCGACCAAGAAUUCUCGUCCAUCGACCACCACAGCCUCUUCCUCCCCUCCUCGUCCUCGCCCGCCAGCUUAUACCUUGAUCACGACUCCUCUUCCUUCCACGGCUUCUUCCCCACCUCCUCCCCCACCCACAUGCCCCCCACGCCGGCACCGGCUCCUCCACCUCACCCGCCGGCGCCCUCAAAGCCGCCCAAAAAGCGCCCUAGAGCAUCCCGCCGUCCCCCCACCACUGUGCUCACCACCGACACUUCCAACUUCCGCGCCAUGGUUCAAGAGUUCACCGGCUUCCCGGCUCCACCCUUCGCCGCCGGGCCGCCCCCGUCCGUCCGCCCUCGCCUGCUCGGAGGCGCCUCCGCCUACGGCCCAUCACCCUUCCUGCUGCGACCGUCUCCUCUCAAGUAUCCGCAGCACAACCCUGCACUGCUGCCCACCAUGGCCACUUGCACCACCACCGCUACCCUAGCUAACGACGCUACUACCAGCGGCGCUGCCAACUCUCUCAUGGACGCGCUCGCGCUGUUCGCAAGGAGCAACGCGAUGCCAAGCGCCGCCGCUGCCGCUGCUACGACGGCCAGCGGAUCAGGUACUGCUGAUCAGUACGGCAGCGGCCACCACGGCCACGCCAUGGGAGGUUUCAACUUCAACCCGUUUGACGACUUCGAGGCUGCGACGGCGGAUGGCGAGAAGGCGGCGAGCGGCGGCCAUGCUGGGUUCUUCUCUUCCUUGGGCGGCGCCGGAGAUAAGUACGACCGGCACUAGCUGUAGCUAGUACGUAGCGUACGUACCUCUCUUUCUCUCUGCGUACGUGUGAGCGAGCUGAUCGAUCGACUAGUCCGAUCCUUCUGUGAUCUGGAUGGAGAUUAAGAUGGAGGAGCAACUAGCUAAGUGUGGCUAGCUUCUACUACUUGGCCACUACUACUAUUGGCAUUUGGCAGGCUGCUUACUUGUGACACAAAAAAGUGAGUUUUAAUUCCUUGUUUUUUGUAUGAUGCGUGCACAUAAAUUUGGGUAAUCUUUUUGAAGUCUCAGAUCUCUCCCAUGUUGAAUUUUUGGUGCAAUUUAGUGGAAGUAAUACAUGCAUUCCCUUGCCUGAUUUUAUGAAUGCUAGAAUAUAUGUUGUACACUUUUAUUUUGUUCGGUUCCCAUCGCUAGCCGAGAAAUUGUCCUUGUCGAGAUGAGAUGAAAUGAGCCAACUCUUCUCCUGUUCUCCUUUACCUUUCGGCCUAGUCUGGAUCUAUUCCGUACAGUGGAAGAUAUAUAUGCUGCCUUUUUAUGCGUCAUUGAGAAUUGGAUUUGUAGGAUGGCUGGCUAAGCAAUCAGCUCAUCUUGUUUGUAAACACUUUCUGUAUUUCUAUAUAUGUACUCUUUGGUAAAUUAUACUAUAAAACUCA